AUGGCGGCUCCCAGGAUACUACGGCCGGCUUCCCGACUGCUGGCACCGCGGUCGUCGCUCGCAGGAGCCCGUUUCUCUGCCUUCCGACCUGCUGUCUUCUCUCAGCCGGUUGCCCAGAGACGCUCGUAUGCUGCUCCCAGCGGCGUGAAGGAGGUUACCGUCAGAGAUGCGCUCAAUGAGGCUUUGGCGGAGGAGCUAGCCAGCAACGAGAAGGUCUUCAUCCUCGGAGAAGAGGUGGCUCAGUACAACGGAGCUUACAAGGUCACCAAGGGCCUUCUCGACCGAUUCGGCGAUCGUCGAGUAAUUGACACUCCCAUCACCGAGCAGGGCUUCUGUGGUCUUGCUGUUGGUGCUGCUCUUGCCGGCCUUCACCCAGUUUGCGAGUUCAUGACCUUCAACUUCGCCAUGCAGGCCAUCGACCAGAUCGUUAACUCCGCCGCAAAGACUCACUACAUGUCCGGUGGUAUCCAGCCCUGCAACAUCACCUUCAGAGGGCCCAACGGUUUUGCUGCCGGUGUCGCCGCCCAGCACUCCCAGGACUACGCUGCCUGGUAUGGAAGCAUACCUGGCCUGAAGGUCGUCACCCCAUGGAGCUCUGAGGACGCCAAAGGCCUUUUGAAGGCUGCCAUCCGUGACCCUAACCCGGUUGUUGUUCUUGAGAACGAGCUUCUCUAUGGACAGUCCUUCCCCAUGAGUGAGGCUGCUCAGAAAGACGACUUCGUUAUUCCUCUCGGAAAGGCUAAGAUCGAGCGUCCCGGAAAGGACCUAACCAUCGUCACCCUCUCCCGUUCCGUUGGCCUGUCUCUUCAGGCCGCCGCCCAGCUCAAGUCCAAGUAUGGUGUCGAAGCUGAGGUCAUCAACCUCCGUUCUGUCAAGCCGCUUGAUGUGGAGGCCAUCGUCAAGUCUGUCAAGAAGACCGGUCACUUGAUCGCCGUUGAGUCCGGCUUCCCCAUGUUCGGUGUCUCGUCCGAGAUCCUCGCUCUCGCCAUGGAAUACGGUUUCGACUACCUCCAGGCCCCUGCCAUCCGUGUCACUGGUGCUGAAGUGCCCACCCCAUAUGCCGAGAAGCUGGAGAUCAUGAGUUUCCCGCAGGAGGACACCAUCCUCUCCCAGGCCACCAAGCUCCUCCGACUAUAG